AUGGACUCAUCUGGAACUCCCCUUGUCCAAAUUCGAUCGCAACUCGCGAUGGACUCCGACUCCGACUCGGACACCACCGUCACCCCCAACAAAGAGCCAUUUCCUGACUUCGACGCCGAAACAUGCGGCCCAAACCGUAACAGAUACGAAGCGGAAUGGGCCCGCGCCUUCCGACAGGCUGUCCAAGAGGACAUUCGCACUCGCUACAUCGAGCCCUACAUCAUCCCCCAUAACCUCGGCGAGCCAUUUACUCGUAGCAACAUGCUCCUCGAGGACAUCAAGGACCUCCUUGCUGACCCACACAUGCGCCAGACCACCCGCAAUCAAUUUCUCACUAUGGUCAACCACACGCUUCAUUUGCACCAGGUCAUCUUCCACCACAGUGACCAGUUCCUUGACACGAAAGAGAUUACUGAGGCCAGGUAUCUUGUGGAUAUUGUUCUCAGCUACAUGGGCUGGAUAGAUGGCAAGUUACGUGAUCAGGUCUCCGCUGCUGAGCAGGUUUCCGUCGUACUUGAACAAUUGUCCAAGGAGAAGACGACCGUCAUUGAACGAUACAGUCGCAUGGCUACUGUGGUUUCUGCUCACCUGAAGAAGCCCCGUCCCCUGGAACGCCGUCUACUCACUGUCUUCCUUGACUUUUAUGAAACAUGGGUCCACACUACCUUCCUACGUCUGCGCAACCACCAGAUUCUCGUGGAAGACAUUCCCGUUCUCGCUCGAAUUGACUUGUCGCGUCGAAUCAUUGCCGUCUGGGACGUGCUUAGUCGCUGCAUUGAGAAUUAUUCCCUUUACACCUGGGCCACUCGCACCAUUCGGACCAAGUACUUCGCACCAGCCAUAGAUCUGAUGUCCGAGACCCCGGAUAUCUGGCAGAAAUCCUGGAACAAGCGCUCGACUGUUGAAAGCCGUCGGUCUACCCAUCCUGGACUGUUUGAAGAAUUUUUGAGCGAUCAGCCCGUGGAGACAACUCAGCAACCGGAUAGUCUGGAGGGCCAGCACUCGACCAGAAUUCAAUCGACUUCAGUUGCAGAGCUAGAGGUUGCUGGAGCUUGA